AUGACAUGCUUCCUGUCCCUAUUAUUGAUGAUAUGGACGAUUCCUUUGAUCCUGAGGUGGAGACGCUUGCUUCCAAUAACUUGCCUAGCCAAAUGUACGUACAACAAUCAGGAGGAGGCCAUCCCAAUCCCAUACAACUCGACAAUCACAAAGGACAACGUAUCAAUACAGAUUGGAGGAGUGCUAUACGUCCAGAUUGUCGACCCCUACAUGGCUUCGUACGGCAUCGAGAACCCCAUCUAUGUUGUCAUCCAGCUUGCCCAGACAACAAUGAGGAGUGAGCUUGGCAAGAUCACCCUCGAUAAGACCUUCGAGGAGAGGGACACGCUCAACUACAACAUUGUGAAGUCAAUCAAUGAGGCAGCUGAAACUUGGGGUUUGAAGUGUCUUCGCUAUGAAAUCAGGGACAUCACUCCUCCAGAUGGAGUCAAGAAGGCCAUGGAGAUGCAGGUCGCAGCAGAGCGCAAGAAACGUGCUCAGAUCCUUGAGUCUGAAGGUAGCUUUUACUAG